AUGUCCGACCAUCCUCGACCUCAAGCUCUCCAAGAUGGUGCCAUAAUUUCAGCGGCCACAGAUGAAGAUGUGCUGUCCAUAAAAAGGAUUGUGGAUUUGGCAUAUUCGAAAUACAUUGAUCGAAUCGGGAAACCCCCAGCCCCUAUGACUGAGGACUAUCACGAGGUCAUCCGUACGCACAAUGUUCUUGUCGUGAGAGACAAGGAACUUACACCGCUAGGGGCGAUUAUAUUCUCUUUGGACAAAGAGUCCAAAAUGAUCAAGAUCAAGAACUUGGUGGUCAACCCGGCGGCCCAGGGGCGUGGCUACGGACGUGUCCUGAUGGAAAGGGUCGAGGGAACCGCGCGACAUUUAGGCAUCACAGCACUUGAGCUCUACACGAAUGUCAAGAUGUACGAGAAUGUUGGAAUGUAUCCCAAGAUGGGGUUCUUGGAAAGUGGAAGGAGGGUUGAAGCUGGUUUUGAGCGAGUUUACUUUCGCAAAGAAUUGGCAUGA